AUGCUGAGAAAUGUCCGUUCAUUCUCGCGUUUCACCCGUGAACCUAGUCAGCUGAACUGUGGGAUUUCGAGGGAUGUUGAAAUCCGUAGGAAUCCCUACGGAAUUCAACUCCUCAGUCCCGGUUUGCUGGCACGAAUUUUUAAAAAACCGAGAACUGCAAUUACGUCGUCAUCGCGAGUAUCGACAGAAAUCGCCAUCAACGAGCUGCACAGAUUUGGACUCUAUAGUGAAGAACCUGAAGUUUUGGAGGAUGUGGAUUUUCAGCUUCCAGCCCUCAGCGGUAAAAACGUCGAUGAUCAUUUUCGAAUGAUUGCUGAAGAACAGGGCGUUCCGUAUGCGAAGCUUCUCCACAACUUCGUGGAGUCUGGUAUCCCGGUGCGGCCGAAGAAAUGGAUUUUCCAAAGUUACGAUUCCCUCAGCAGUGUCCCUAUUGAAUUCGACUUACUGCUUCAAAUAGAAACGAGUUCUCCUUCUAACGAAACUUUGUGGAAUCAAUCCCGUGAACCGCAGGCUGGUUGGACAAAAUACCUCUCCGAUGGGUCUUCGCAAUUUGUGAAAGCCCCGGACUGCGACGUGAUGGUCCUAGAUGUGGAGAUCUGCGUUCGCGAAGGCGACCAUCCCACUCUUGCAACUGCGGUCUCCCCGACCAACUGGUAUAGUUGGUGUUCAGCAGAAUUGAUUGAGCAUGCUCGAAAGUCUACAACGAGCACCCGACCGGAUUCCAAGCGUGCCGAACCCCGAGAUUAUUCCAGUUGUGAAAUGAUCCCUCUGCUGGACGAUUCAAUCGACGCUUCUGAUAGAAUGACGCCGCGGAUUGUGAUUGGGCACAAUGUGGCUUUUGACAGAGCCAGAGUCAAGGAGGAAUAUCUGCCAGAUUCCGAGUAUCAAGGGAACAAACGUCUUCAGUUGGACAUUAUAGCUAUGGUUAUACUGUCUGGCCUCCGUUUCGUGGACACUAUGUCCAUGCACAUCGCCGUUGCGGGACUCACGAGCUAUCAAAGGGCGCUAUGGAUGGCCAGGAAAGCAAAGUCCACGAAGCCCAAGAAGGAAACUGAAGUCACCAAGAAAGCCAAAAGCAAAUUGCGAGGACCCGUCGUCAACGCUUGGAUGGACAUCUCCAGUAGGAAUUCCUUGGCGGAUGUUUACAAUUUGUACGUCAAGGGUGACGAGGAUUUAGAAGAGCUGGAUAAAUCUUUACGACUAGUGUUCAUGGAGGGCUCUUUGGACGACGUGGUGGACAACUUCAAUAUCCUGACGGAUUAUUGCGCGAAAGAUGUUGAAGCAACGUUCAAGGUGACGCGGAAGUUGUGGCCGUCGUUUGUGAGGCGAUUUCCGCAUCCUGUGACGUUUGCUGGAAUGUUGGAAAUGGGUACGGCGUAUCUUCCGGUGGACCUGAACUGGAAAAAGUACCUUCGUCGGGCAGACUCGACUUAUAGGGACCUCGAAGCUGACGUGAAGUAUCUUCUCAUGGAAAAAGCUUACGAGGCGUGUCAGAUGAUGCAUCAAAAUGCAUACAAACGGGAUCCUUGGCUGUGGAACCUCGACUGGUCCACGAAAUGUCUCAAGUUUCGUAAAGGCAAACCAGCGGCGAGUUUUUCCGACUGCGGGCUCCGUCGACUGCAGCAGAAUUUUCCGGAUGCCAUUCGGAAAGGUUCUUUGCUGUAUGCCAAGCAGCCAUUUAUGCCGGGUUACCCGGCUUGGUACUGUGAUUUGUGUGAAAAAGUGACGUCUAAGCAGAGGGUCGUGAGAAAACAGGAGCGUGAAGACGAGAUCAAUUGCUUGAAGAAUAGAAACGCUCCAGUGAAUAUUACCACUUCGAUGUCGUCUACUCCGAAGCUCUUACGACUGACUUGGAAUGGCCAUCCGCUGCAUCACGACAAAGUGCAUGGCUGGGGUUAUUUAGUGCCCAAUGGAUCUGAAUUUCGGGUGGGAAACCCUCUUGCAAAAGACUUUCUUCCGAAAAUUGAAGACGGAACUUUAGGGACUGCUGGAGGAAUGGAAGCAAAAUCUGCCUUGGAAAUCAAUUCUAUGCUCACAUAUUGGCGCAACGCACGAGACCGUAUCAUUGGCUCACAGGUUCCAGUUUGGCUCGAAAACUCAGAGUUGCCUGCGUCAAUAGAAACCAAAGAGAAUGACCGCGUCGGUGCCAUUUUGCCGAAGGUUGUAGUUUGCGGAACAGUGACCAGACGUGCAGUGGAACCCACGUGGUUGACAGCCUCAAAUGCUUCGGUGAAUCGAGUGGGAUCUGAACUCAAAGCAAUGGUGUCCGCGCCUCCGGGCAAACAUUUUGUGGGAGCCGAUGUGGAUUCCGAAGAACUCUGGAUUGCCUCGCUUUUUGGUGACACGAAUUCUCCCGCACCCGAUCAUGGGGCCACUCCGAUCGGGUGGAUGACUUUGCAGGCAUGUUUCUUUCCACGCUGUACAGUACCAUCUUAUUGUCAUCACAACGAAGCCAUUAUAUUAGGACCAGGCAAGAAAUCUCAAGGGACGGACAUGCACAGCAAAACGGCCCAAUUCGCCGGCAUUUCAAGGAGUCAGGCGAAAGUGUUAAAUUACGGUCGAAUUUUCGGAGCUGGAUGUCAGUUUGCUCAGACUCUUUUGCGCCAAUUCAACAAGGAUCUCACUGUCAAGGAUGCGCUUGAAACUGCGAAAAACAUCUACGCGCAGACAAAAGGAGUGCGUGGAUACAAAAUUACGGCAGCUGGUCAGGCUUUCGUGAAGCUUUACGGAAAGAACUUGGGCUUGGUUGAAAGUCCCUAUCACGUUUAUAGUGGGAAAGACGAUUGGACUGACGUAGUCGAGCGUUCUGCGUGGAUGAAUGGAACUGAGAGCGCCAUGUUCAAUCGGCUGGAGGAAAUAGCUGAAAGCGAUCAUCCCAAAACACCGGUUCUCGGUGCUCGAAUUUCCAAGGCCCUUGAGCCUUUGUAUGUUGACAAAAAUUUUAUGACGAGCCGGGUGAACUGGGUGGUGCAAAGCAGUGCCGUGGACUACUUGCAUUUGUUAUUGGUUUCCAUGCGUUGGCUGCUGAACAAGUACAACAUUUCUGGACGAUUGUCCAUUUCCAUCCACGAUGAGGUUCACUACAUGGUGUGUAGCAAGGACCGGUAUCGAGCAGCACUCGCAUUACAAAUCAGCAACUUGUUGACGCGGUCUUUGUUUGCGCACAACUUGGGUCUUCGGGAUUUGCCGCUCGGAGUGGCAUUUUUCAGCUCGGUCGAGAUCGACAAGGUGUUGCGGAAGGAGAGCAACGACGAUUGCGUGACACCUUCGAAUCCUCACGGACUGGCCAAGGGUUACGGAAUCCCACCCGGAGAAUCCCUGGACAUUCAUCAGUUGUUGGCCUACAACGUCGACGUCUUCUUCUUUCUC